AGUACACAAAAUAUACUUAAAUAAUAGCAAUACAGUGAUAUAGAUAGACGUUUAUAUUAUAAUGAAAACCGCGUUAUAAUCAAUAUAAUAUUAAUAUGUAAAAUUCGUAAGCUUGGAGAAAAAUUUCAUCGUUUAUAACAAUUUUUUUAUAUUCAUAUAUCGAUUGGUACAGCACAGAGUGUUUAAUUGUAUAAUAUCAUAUACUUGCACGUGAUUAAUAUAGAAUAAUAUAUCGUCCGUUUUCGUAAAAGGAAGUCUAUCAUUCGUUGAAAAUGGCCUUGCCGGAUCGUAACAAGAAAUCGAAAAUCUUUACGCUGAUAUACAACAUAUCAGGAGGAGCUAUUAAUGCUCAAUUUAUCAUUACGGUGAUUGCGGCACUGGGAGCGAUAGCCACCGGCACCAUACUAGGAUGGUCGUCACCGGCCCAGAGCAUGUUCGAAUCGGACGAAACGCUGUUGUCGUUUACUGUCACUUCGAAGGACACACAGACGUUCAGCUCAGUGUUCGGCAUCGGCGCGGCCUUGGGGGCGCUUCCGGCAGGAUACGUGUCCAGGACAUUCGGUCGGCCGGCCAGUAUGAUGCUGUUCGAGGGGUUCCUGUUAGUCGGUUGGGUCAUGUUGGUGCUGCCCACUUCAGUUUGGUUGCUGUCCGUCGGCCGGAUGAUGCAGGGCAUUGGGGCAGGAGCUCUGUGCGCCGUCAUACCGUCGUACGUCGGUGAGAUAGCUGAACCCCGGAUGAGAGGUCGUCUGGGAACGAUAUUCCAAUUAUUCAUAGUCAUCGGCAUACUGUACUCGUAUACAUCGGGCGCUUUUAUGAAUUACGUGCCAUUUUGCAUUGCUUGCGGUUUUUGGGUGAUUUUACAUUUUGUCGGCGCCUUGACCAUACCCGAAUCGCCGUACCAUCUUAUGAACAUCAAUGAUCCUAACGGGGCAGCCGUUUCGCUGCAAAUACUCAGGGACUCGUCGGACACGACUGAAGAAUUGGCAUCCAUCAAGACGUUCAUCGAAAAGCAGAAAUCGCAAAAUUAUACGGUGAUGGAAGUUCUAUCUAACAAAGUGAAUCGCAAGGCCCUGUUGAUCAGUAUUGGAUGCAUGUUUUUCCAGCAAAUGAGUGGUAUAAACGUGGUGAUAUUCUACAUGAACGAUAUAUUCAAAUCGACUGGCGCCAACAUGAGUCCGAAUGUGUGCACCAUAAUCGUCGGUGUCGUACAGCUCAUCAUGACAGUCGUAUCUUUUACGAUCAUCGACAGAGGUGGUCGAAAGGCUUUACUCGUGAUCUCGGCGUUACUGAUGGCAGCCUGCUAUGCGGGAUUGGGUGGAUUUUUCUUGAUCAAAACUCAUUCUCCAGAACUAGCAUCAACACUCAGCUGGUUGCCCCUUGUGUGCAUCGCUGUGUACAUAUCGGCUUUUUCCAUCGGUUACGGUCCCGUGCCUUGGAUACUGAUGGGUGAAAUAUAUUCGUCAGAGGUGAAGCCGAUCGGGACGAGUCUGACUACCUGUACUAACUGGACGCUAGUUUUCGUGGUCACGUACGUGUCUACCGAGCUGACUCGCUGGCUGGGCCAAGCCGGUUGCUUCCUGACAUUCAGCGCGUUCUGCUUAAUGGGAGCAGCGUUUGCAGCGACUAUUGUACCAGAAACGAAAAACAAGACGUUGGCUGAAAUACAGCUGAAACUCGUCGGAAAAUCUAAGAUCCCGCCGGCGGCGGUCGAUGUUGUGGGAACUACGGAACACGUGGCUGUUGAAAAUAUGACUACCACGUUUUCAUAAAUCCCACGUUUAGAUCUUUAUGGUCGGCGUUUCCCAAACGGGAUUUAUCGUUAAAUUGUUGAAAUAUAUAUCACCAUCAUAUCCAAAACCUUCCAUCCCUUCCAUGGCCAGUAACUAUAGUAAUAAUGUAUAUUUUCCCUUACCUACAUAUCACAUUGUAAUUUAAGCUGUAAAUGUAUUAUCUCCGGGCUCGUUCUAUGUACACUUGAACCUCUCGUUUAAUGAGAAAUUAAAACUGUCUUGUAAGGAUACCCACUUCUUUUUUCAAACGAGAAUAACUAUUUGUUCUGUUAAUCGUUAAGUAGAUGAUUUUUUUGAACACUUCGAUGUAUCCAAAUCGAAAUUCAAUCAACUACUUUGGUAGUUAUUUAAUCAUUUUUACUACAAAUAAAAAGUCCAUGAUAAUAGAUUUGAUAGAUACGGAGAAUAUGAUUUUACAAAAUAAAUUAUUGAUAUAAAUAUAAUACAUUAUGUUAAGUAUAAAUGUCAAUUAUUAUAAUUAUUAUAUAUAUUUUUUAAAUUGUCUUAGUAUAGAAAAUUACUAUAGGUUAAAAAUUAGGUUUAUCCACUUUAUAAUAAGUAUUUUAUAAAGAUACAUCUUAAUAUAAAAAAAAAUAUUAUUUGCUUAAUAGUAUUUAUUAAAAAUUGUUAAUUUUUAUUUUCUGUUAUGAAAAUAUGUUCUUUGAGUAUACUUAAGAAUCUUAAUUAUAAUAGUUAUAAUUAUAAUUAAUUAAUUAUUAAAAAAAAUCUAGAGUUGAUCAUCAUGCUCGAUGAUUCUCUUUGUAUAGUAUUACUCAAUUAUUUUGGUAACAAUAACACAUGUUUAAUAGAUUAAUGUUUUCAGACACAUAUAAGCCCCACAGCGAAAUGUGUUUUUUAGUACUCAAUUACAAUUUAUGUAUCUCAUAAAAAAUGUAAUAAGCCGUGACGAAAAUUUGAAUUAAAUUUUCAUGUUUAACAUA